AUGUCUUCAGUUCGACGGAGAAGAGGAUCGGAAGCUCAGAGCAAAGAGAUUCAAGCCGAAGAGAACAACAAAGAAGAAGAAGAAGAAAAAGAACACGGAGAAGAUGACAAUGAUAAGAACAAGAAGAAGAAGAAGAUGAAAGAUGAGAAGAACAAGGAGAAACAAGAGAAGAAGAGGAAGUGGUCCUGCAUCGAUAGCUGUUGCUGGUUCGUAGGGUGCAUUUGCACGGUGUGGUGGUUGAUGCUGUUCUUGUACAAGCUGAUGCCGGCUUCGCUGCCGCAGUAUGUGACGGAAGCGAUCACGGGGCCGUUGCCGGACCCGCCGGGGGUGAAGCUGAAGAAGGAGGGGCUCACGGCAAAGCAUCCGGUGGUGUUCGUGCCCGGUAUCGUCACCGGUGGGCUUGAGCUCUGGGAGGGACAUCAGUGUGCUGAAGGACUCUUCAGGAAACGCUUGUGGGGUGGCACCUUUGGAGAAGUCUACAGGAGACCUUCAUGCUGGGCGGAGCACAUGUCGCUCGACAAUGAAACAGGAUUAGAUCCACCUGGCAUAAGAGUGAGGCCUGUCUCUGGACUUGUAGCUGCUGAUUACUUUGCCCCUGGAUAUUUCGUUUGGGCAGUCCUAAUUGCUAACUUGGCUCACAUUGGUUAUGAAGAGAAAAGCAUGUACAUGGCUGCAUAUGAUUGGAGAAUAUCAUUUCAGAACACUGAGGUGCGUGAUCGAGCACUAAGUCGGAUAAAAAGCAAUAUAGAACUUAUGGUUGCUACUAAUGGUGGGAACAAGGCAGUUAUUCUUCCACAUUCAAUGGGUGUAUUAUACUUUCUUCAUUUUAUGAAGUGGGUGGAAGCACCGGCACCAAUGGGUGGUGGGGGUGGAUCAGAUUGGUGUUCCAAAUAUAUAAAGGCAGUUGUAAACAUUGGUGGACCAUUUUUAGGUGUUCCCAAGGCUAUAGCAGGUCUUUUCUCAGCUGAAGCCAGGGAUAUUGCUGUUGCCAGGGCGCUUGCACCGGGGUUUUUAGAUAAUGAUCUUUUUCGCCUUCAAACCUUGCAACAUGUAAUGAGGAUGACUCGCACUUGGGACUCAACUAUGUCAAUGAUACCAAGAGGCGGGGAAACUAUAUGGGGUGGUCUUGAUUGGUCACCAGAGGAAGGCUAUACCCCUAGCGAGAGAAAGCAAAACUCUAACAAUACUCAGUUAACAGGCCAAGAAACAAAUAAAACAAAUGUUAACUAUGGAAGAAUGAUAUCAUUUGGCAGAGAUGUGGCAGAGGCACCUUCCACUGAGAUUGAGAUGACUGACUUUCGAGGUGCCAUUAAGGGUCAUAGCGUUGCAAAUACCUCUUGUCGCGAUGUGUGGACCGAAUAUCAUGACAUGGGAGUUGAGGGAGUAAGAGCUGUCGCUGAACAUAAAGUUUACACAGCUAGCUCAAUUAUAGACCUGCUUCAAUUUGUUGCUCCAAAAAUGAUGGCCCGUGGAAGUGCACAUUUCUCUUAUGGAAUUGCUGACAACUUGGAUGAUCCUAAAUAUCAACACUACAAAUAUUGGUCAAACCCCUUGGAGACAAAACUACCAAAUGCUCCAGACAUGGAAAUCUUCUCCAUGUAUGGAGUAGGCUUACCAACAGAAAGAGCCUAUAUUUACAAGUUAUCUCCCUAUGCUGAGUGCUACAUUCCGUUUGAAAUAGAUACCACAGCAGAAGGUCCUGAUGAAGCUAGCUGUCUGAAGGGUGGAGUCUAUACUGUCGAUGGUGAUGAGACCGUGCCGGUUCUAAGCACGGGCUUCAUGUGCGCGAAAGGUUGGCGCGGGAAAACCAGAUUCAACCCUUUUGGGAUUAAGACUUACAUUAGAGAAUAUGAGCAUUCUCCUCCAGCAAACUUUCUAGAAGGCAGGGGGACACAAAGUGGUGCCCAUGUUGAUAUAAUGGGAAAUUUUGCAUUGAUUGAGGAUGUUAUAAGGGUGGCGGCAGGGGCCAAAGGAGAAGAUCUGCAAGGCGAUCAAGUGUAUUCCGACAUCUUUAAAUGGUCUGAGAAAAUUAAGUUACGCCUGUGAAUUUCAAUGGAAACUCUGGAACCGGUAGAUGUGAUCAUGUUCAGUUUUUGAUGGGAUGGCAUUCAGAAGUUGUGGCUUAGCUGAUGAAAAACUGGCUCUAUCCAUGGAAGGAUAUUCAAAUUGGUUGAUUAGAAGGGUAUGCAUUGAUUUGUAUGUAUUGUAAUAAAAUUGAGCAUUUUAUUUGUCAUCUUCAAUGGAUAUCGUGGCUAAUAAAAUAAAAGUGGGGACAGAGGUGGUGGUGUUACGUGUUAACCAAGUUAUAGCGGGGUGGAACUUGAGAGUUAAGAGCCCCAUUGGUCCAUAAUCACUUUUCAUGGUUCUUUACCAAAAAAAAAAGUGUAAAUGACACAACUGAUCCUCAAGAUUUU